AUGUAUAGAAAGUGCAGGAUUGCCCAUCUACAGCGACUCCAAAAACCCCUGCACGACCUGCUGGAACUUGGCAGGCUCGUCCGUCGCCGGAUUGUGCCCGCUCUCCUCAAAGAUGACCAGCUGCGCGUUCUGCAGCCCCCGUGCAAUCUCUUCGCUGAACGCCACCGGCGUCACAAUGUCGUGCCGCCCGACCAUGAUGAGGGCGGGCGCCUUGAUCUCCGAGAGACGGUCUCGCACGUAAAACUGCGGCAUGUUCUGGCUAAACGCCCAGUUCUGCGCGGCGGAGUUGUACAGCGGCCGCUCGCUGCCGUCGCCUUCGAGAGGCGGCGGGUUGGCGGCGGCCGCCUUGGUGGUCUCCGCGGCCGUGCUGUCCGGCGGCCCGUAGAGCGACAGAAUCUCGACAAUGGCCCGCUCAAAUUCGGCGUCGUCCUGCAGCCGCCCGGACCAGAGCCGGAUCUGCCGCUCCACGUCCACCCGGCCCGCCACACGCGGAUCCGUCACGGCGCGCGCCAGCGCUGCCAUGGGCGCCGCCCGCCCGUCCGUCCACGUGUCCCGGAUCACCAGGGCCGCCAGCCGGUCGCCGUGCGCCAGCGCAUAGUCGAGCGCCACGAACCCGCCGUACGAGUGGCCGGCGAGCACAAACGUCUCGGCGCCCGCCCACGUCCGCAGAUUCUCAAUGUCCUGGACCCACCGCGCAUGCGUGUACGGCGGCGUCAGGUCGGACGCGCCGCUGCCGCGCGCGUCGUACGCAAUCACACGGAAGUGCGGCGCCAGAAAGGCAAAGGUGGCCUCCGACUCGCGGUGGGACAGCAAACCCGGCGCGCCGUGCAGCGCAACCAGCAGCGGCUUGGCCGUGUUGGUGAUGGGCCCGCCCAGGACCUUGACGAACAGGCGGGCGCCGUCGUCCAUGGGGACCUUGGAGGUGGUGGAGGUGGUGGAGGCUCCAUCACCACCAGCUCCACCCAGUCCAUUGCCAUGACGGCCCCGCAGGUCUGCAUCCGCUGCCGCAAGAGGCGCAUCCGCUGCGAUCUCCAGUUCCCCGCCUGCAAAAACUGCCGUCUCGCUGACGUCGAGUGCUUCUUCUGGGACAAUGCCCGCGGCCAGGAGGUGCCCUGCAGCUAUUUGUAUUUACUGCAACAACGUGUCGCCGGGCUCAAGCGCGACCUGGAAGCUGUUGAAGCGCGGAAGGCGUCCUCCGCUGUGGCUGCGGCUGCGACUGCGACUGCGGCCGUGCCGUCACCAACCGUCGACCUCGAAGGUGCUGUUGCUCUCACGGCCUUGGCGGACCUGUCGCAGGGGCUGCAGCGCGGACGUGCAUGGUCGCAUCCUGCACGUGCACAAGGAACGGAAAGCAAUCGUGGCUACCACCUGCUAGUGACGCCACCACUGGAGGCCGAUUCAGUCAGUGGCAUAAGUAGAGACGGCCGUGGCUUGGCAUCGUCGCUACCAUCGUCGGCGUCGGUUGUUCCCUCACACACAUCGUACCUCGGACCAGGAAGCACCGCACGCCUGGCGGAGACGGUGCUCCAUGCCGCCAUCGACCGGCAUUCUGUCAACGGCGGCAACAGUCUUUCGUUGCCACGCUCUCUGCAGCAAAAGGAUGCCGACGGCGUGUUCCAGAAUCUACCUCUGUCGUUGUCCUCUCACUCGAGGAACAACAUGUUUGGAUUAGGAGGCACGACGGCCGCCGGCCCGCCGCCGCCCCUGUCCGUCCUCCACGACCCCCGCAAAGAAGCAGAACUGCACGCCCUCGUGCCCCUCGCCACCCAGCGCGCCUUGCUCGAGCACUACUCGGCCGUCGUCGGCGCGUCGUCUCCCUGCUACGACAGCCUGUUGCCCGCCGAGCAGGAGGCCGCCCUGCUGCAGCGCGCCGGCAGCGGCAUCGAGAAUCCGCUAAAGUGGGCGAGCGCCCAUCGCGGCACUGCAGGCGCGUACGCAACGACGGCCGUGUUUGCUGUUGCGACAGCGCUUGCCUCGCGAGACCUCUGCCCAGGUGCGUGCGGCGGCGAGGGAGGCCGCAUGGCGAUGCUGGCCAUGCGCUUCCGCGACGAUGUGCAGGCCCUGGUGGGAGCCGAAGCGGAAACUAUGACUGGCCUGAAAAACGUGAAACGUAUGGCGACUGUGAAAUCAAAGCGCACACACGAGAACGGUAUCAGCACGCUUCACAGUCUGGAACGAACGCGCUGGACGGCCACGGCCUUGGCCACGCUGGCCUUGUGUGACAUGAUCCAGCCGACGUCCGGCCAGCUCUGGGACCUUCUCGGUACCGCCAUCAGCGUGCUGGCUGACCUACGCGAAGGCUACCAUCUCCGCCACCGCGCGCCCGAGGACGACGCCGACUUUGUGCGCCUGGAGCGGACAAUGUUGCGCAUGGAGGCCCGAACGUCCCUGCAUUUUCGACGGCCUUCGCCGUUCUGUGACCAAUAUCUUCUUGGACGGAGCAGCAGCUUCAGUGGAGGAAGCAGCCGGGAAUGGGAGUGGCAACAGCUGCUCUCGUCCUCGUUUACCCCGGCGUCAUCGGUUGUCAUCGACGAUCUGGUCGUUUUACGGACUUGUAUGCAGAUCCGCCAACAUCUCGAGGCACGGCCGCAAAUCCCCGACCAUCUUCUCGAGAGUCUGAUUCUCGUUCCCCUUCAAGUCCUGGCGGCGCCUCCUCUGACCCGCACUCGCCUGGCCGAUACCACAGCGACACCCCCAAUGUCCGUCCAAUCCGCCACCGUUUACAUGACCCUGCACCCGGUCGUCGUUUUCCCCGACGAGAUCUUGAAAGGCGGGCAGUUGUCCACCCGCUCCCGUUUGUUCCAAAUUGUGGCUGGCGCGGCGUGUGUCUUGCUCAAUGAAUACGCCCGCCAAAACCCGCGUCACCGAAUUUCUAGUUUGUGGAUGUCUGCCGAGCGCAUCGUCGAAGCCGGCAUUGUCUGGGUCCUGUAUGUUCUGGCCCACCAGCAAUACGGACUGCUCGACAUUGGAACGGCCAUGCGGCCCAUCCUGCACGUGUCUUCACUCCUGGCAUCCUUUGCCGCGCGCUGGAAAGCGGGCACGGCCUAUGUCGAGCCAUGGGAAACCCUGGUCGAGUUGAUGUGGGGAAUCCUGGGCUGA